AGGCAGAAGUUCAGUUUCGUACUACAUGAACAUCCUGACUAUGGAUGGCAACCAAGACUGUCUUCCAGAGCUUUUAUCUCCCUACUGAACAAUCUAACCUCUAUCAGGAUCAAAGGUAUCUACAACUAUCACGGGGAAGGAUUCUUAGAUGAUGUGAAAUUGGAGACGGCUUUGAGAGGCGUAGCAGGAAUGCCUGUACACUGGAUUGAAUCAUGUGAUUGCCCUGCAGGUUACGUGGGACAGUUCUGUGAGUCCUGCGCUCCUGGAUUCAGACAUUCACCAUCUUUGGGUGGUUCCUUUAUGCCGUGCGUACCGUGUGACUGUAACAACCACGCUAGUAUCUGCGAUUCCGAAACUGGAAAAUGCAUUUGUCAACACAAUACUAUAGGAGAAAACUGUGAAAUGUGUGCAAAGGG